AUGUCGAGCUGGAGGUCGUCUCUAGAAAUAGAUAGGAGAGAGCUAGCCGGGGUCGAACUCACCGUUCCCAUCUUCGUCUACGGUAUUCUCCACUUUGCCAUCGGGUUUGUGAUGAUUGCCGACUGGUGUGCUCGUAAUCCUGGAAACGAGUUUAGGGAGGGUGAGUACUACCUUACAUUGUUGAUGGUGUCCUCUGUGGUGUGGAUGUUGUGGGUCAUGGUGAAAACGAAACUCACCAUUCGCAACUUCCAAGCAGCAGGAAGUUUAUCCAGGCCGUUCGAGCGGGGAGCUCUCUCUCACAGAGCAACUGGCAGCAGUUUGCUGGUCAUGACUCUCACAGCUUUUGCCGCUUUCAGUUUACUGCUUGCAAUUUUUCAGAUGGCCGAUGCUGCUCUUGCAACAGGCGGCUGUUUUUCCAUACCUGCUGUUGUUUCCUGUGUUUGCAGGAUUCUCUACAUUCUUACACAAGUUUGUUAUGUAGUCUAUGCUCAGAAACGAGUGUUGUUUGAGAAGAAGUUGGUACACGGUGCGGCUGUAAUACAAAUGAUCAUCACAAACUUUAUCCUCUACGGUUGGACGUUUCUUAAAAGCAAAGACCGCGUUUUCACUUACGAAAAUCGAGACUGUUCUACCAUUGAUGCUCUAAAAAGGCUCAACUCUAGCUGUAGUAGUGUGCUAAAUGAAUGUAGAGUUAGCUCUGAUGUUUUAGCAAUACUCAACAAUAUUGCGCCGACUAAAUCUACUAACUCUGAAUGUUACUACACUGACACUGUAAUCAAAGGUACCUUUCCAUGGCUCUACCCGUUUUGUUUAGAAUUUUGCCUGACUGCAUCAGCCAUGAUGGCUGAACAAUGGAUGGAAUGGCCGAGUCCUCCGACAAACCCAAUGGGUGAUUAUGAUGAUCCAGCCGGUCGGUCACCCGUUGAAGAGCACCGACACGAACGCUGCAAUCGAGGAGAGAGAAAGCUGAGCAACGUUUGGGCCAGGAGUGUUGGUAUAAUUGCCUUUGUUGCUCACAUAGGAGUGAUAGUAUUCUUGAUCAUUGAAACUGAUUCAGACAAAGCUGCUACUGCCUUGUAUGCAACAAGGACAUUCUCAGCAAUCUUAAUCACUUUACUCUCUGCUUACGGACUGUAUACACUGGGUCGUUGUAAGAGGGGAAACGUUUCAGCAGGACUCGAUCUGGAUGAACCAAACUAA